AAAGUAUGCAGCUAUCUUGGUGCUACUAUUAACAGGGAAACAAUUUGAGACAGUGAGCAUGAAUAUGAUCCAGCAGAAUAAUGGCCUUAGGUGGCGCUGCGCAACAACAUUGGUUUUCAAUAAUUAAAGAAGAAAAAGAGCCGUCAUCGCUUCCGCAACAACCGUUAGUGCAACAACAUGGAUGUUACAGCUGAAAUUAGUCAGGAGGAUGGGUUUGCUGGUGAAAGCGGUGCCGCCAAGAUAAAAGAGCGACUUGAGAAACGGAAUCAGGCCAGAAUAGAGGAUGCCGAGCGGCGUAAAGAAGAGAAAGAGAGCCAGUCUGUCGCCGAGGAGAAGGACGAGUUUUUCUCCAAGACUUUCAGCAGGGAGCGGGUGUGUAUCGAGGAGCUGCUGUCCAGCUGCUCCGGAGCUGACCGAGCCGUGGUGACUCAGAGGCUGGAGGAGGCGACGGUCAAAACCGUGCAGCUCCAAAAGUUUCUGAAUGACAGCGUGUUGUUUCUGACGCAGUACGAGCUGAGACAAUCCCAGGCAGCUCUCCAGAAACUCCAGACAUCCCUUGCGGAGACCAGAGAGACGGCUCUGCCCAAGAAGAAGUUUGCCUUUCGAGCUCGCACUAAAGCUGCAGAUAAAGUCUCUGCACCAGUGUCAGACACAGCUCAAGCUGAUGUUGCCACAUCUGCACCUGCAUCUGGUGAAGUGGAUGGAGCUGCAGCGUCAGAGCAGUGUGGCUUCUCCAACAUGGACAAUGAGUUUCUGACCAAAACAUCUGAGGAGAUCCAGAAAAGAGACGUGCUCUUGACUCACCUGUCCAACUGCAAGGUCCGUCUGGUCGGUUCCCCCAGCACAUUGCACCUGAAGCACAUCGACAGCUGUGAGAUCCUCUGCGGGCCGGUGUCUAGUUCUGUAUUUGUUGAUCAUUGCAGAAACAGUACGCUGAGCUUCCCCUGUCAGCAGCUGCGGACCCACAACACCAAAGACACACAGGUGUAUCUGCAUGUCACCAGCCGAGCCAUCAUAGAGGACUGUCAUGGAGUGAGUUUCGCCCCGUUUUCCUGGUCUUAUCCCACUCUGCAAGAGGACUUUAGUGUGUCUGGCCUAGACCAGGACCGGAACAACUGGACUCAGGUGGAUGAUUUCAACUGGCUCGCUGCAGGAACACCUUCCCCCAACUGGACUGUCAUCCCAGAACCAGACAGGAAAACCAACUGGGAUCCUUAACUUUUAAAGCCUUUAUUUGUCAAAUUAACACCUGUCAAACCAAAUGACAUGUUGACAGCCUGAAUACACAUACGUAGUCUUGUCCAUAAUCUUGAAUUUAAGGUGGUUUAAUGAAAUUUCUUUGAAGUGGCUGCUCUUUUUUUUUUAUUUGAUAAAACUAAUAACAGAGACAAAAUGUAACAUACAUAGCCCACACACACAAAUACACACACUCAAAAAGGCAGAGAACAAAGCGUAAAUAAAUGCAUCAUAUUUUCUAUCUCAGCGCUACAAAAAUGACAUUUUUGAUCCUUAACUGUGUCUGAAGCAUGUGUCUAAACACAAGUUUAAUUGAGAAUACUCUGCACUGGUUGUCAUAUGCUGCUACUUGUCCAUAUGGCUACAAAAAAAGGGCACUUUGUAUGAUAAGGUUUAAGCUACAUUAAUAAAUUUAAAUAAAAAUCCACCUGUCUUAUCAGCCUGAAUAACUGUGGGGCUUUAGUACUUAGGAGCAUCACAUCUCCCCUGAGGCAGAGCAUCCACACUCUUGUUGAAAUUAAACUCCAAGCUUUUAUUCUUCUGCUCAUGAUUACACUAGUUCACACAGAGAAAGCCGCUCUCCAACAUUAGAUUUCAUUCACAUUAUUCUGUGACAUUCAAAAAAUUCAAAUCAGCCAUAUUGGAAUAGUUAACUAGUGUGAAAUUACAGGCUUUCUGGUAGAGCCAAGUUGAUAUUACUUUAUUCCAGAGAUAUAUGUAUAAUGUAGUGUGUUAGAAACCAUUUAUUAAAACUGUACUAAAAUA